AUGGCCACACCUGAUUAUGACCAGUUUGCCGAAGAUCACCAGUGCCUUUUAAUUGUGAUCAAGCAAAUCGGUCCUCAGAUGAACGCCUCGCUCUUCAAUCGGAUAUACGACAGACUAUCUCAGCUAUACGAGUUCAAAAUUACCGAUAACAAAGGCAUGGGCUUUGAGAGAACGGUCCGGCUGAGGUAUAAACAGUCAUACUCAAUUGAAAACAAUGCUUGGGGCGAGUUUCAAGCGCACCGUCGACUGGUCGGCCUCAUCACAAUUGCCCGUUCCUUCAACGACAAUGAAAUCGAGUCCAUCUGCGAGCUGCACAACACCAUUCGGGACACCUACGCCAACACGUUGUUUGACUCAAGGUGCUUUGUUAUUGGAAACUUAUCAACAACAACGACUGAAAAAGUUGUAUUUUUUGAAUCAGAAGAGCUGUGCUGUGAACAAAUUGAAGCCCGUGUCCAAGAGCUGAUCACCGGCCUCUUCUGGGUGCUUGAAUCAAAGCGGCUAGAUCGAGCCAGUGAGAAGAUGGACAAGAUUCCUCUGCUGAUGGCGCCAUUUGAGGAGAAGGCGCUCUUUGGUCUAGACAAUGACACAUUUGCGUUUCGGCGCAAGUGCAUGGGCCGCAUGCGAAAGCACAUUGCCGACCUGUCACUGCUCGCUGGUCUACCGCAAGAAUCUAUUACAAAUUAUAUUUCUGCAAUUGAGCAGCUGAAAGCAGUUGGUGAUAAGUUGUGGCUUGCUUCCGCCUACGAAGGACUCUGUGCCGCCUCGCUAGCGCUACUCUUCCCAGACCGGUGGCAUCAAAUUCAUCUCCUCCGUCGUCAGUUUCACUUUGAAAAGAGUCUCUUUCACGAUUUGAUCUCAAGAUGUGAUUACGAAGUGUCUCGGUCUGAAGUUUGUGAGGCGAUGAGGCGAAUAGCGGCAAACAGUGAAGGCGUCAUUUUAAACGGCGAGGACUCAAGCAGUAAAGCUGGGGCCAACAAAAACAUUCUCACCGUCGAUCAGUUCUACGAUCGCUAUAAAGAAGCCGCAUCUUACUAUGCACUGUAUCGAGGAGCAUCUAUUCUUGAAUUUGAAUGCAGUUUCAAAGCAGCUCGAACUUUAAUAUUCUUUGAACGCUACCUUAAGGCUUCUGAUUUUAUCCAGAACGCUGUGUUCAUCACAUUUACUCAGACAACCGAUGAACAAAUUGAAAGGUUACUUCAAAUAUCGCAGCUGUACGAGAACAUUCGCUUUUACCGGAAGGCGGCAUUCUACAAACGCUUUGCCGCCCUCAAGUCCGUCUCACUGCAUGUGAAGUCGCCCAAUUGGGAGCGAUGCUACUUUCUGAUGUUGCCCGCGCUGCACGGCUAUGGGGUGACUCUUGAUCCGACUGAAUACGACCAGCGACUGGCGCGUAAUGACGUCCACUGGUCGGGCAUUCACGUCCAGCUGGUGCAGGAGAUGAUCACCACGGCGGUGAAGAUGGAAAACCAGACGCUAGCCAUGAGGCACCUCAGCUUUAUGCUGCAGUGCCUCUUCAACCACAUCAGCCCCAGUCAGCGGCAGGACUUUGCCACUAAGCUCUCCUCGCUUGCCUCCAAGUGCGGCGAGGGCUCCCCGGUGAUACUGAAACUUUCCAAUAGUGCCAUCAUACCCUCGGUGAACUUCACCAAGUUUCCAACUGUGAUCUUUUUUAAAGUUGAACCCCUUCCCCCCUAUCUGCGUCCAGUCAAAUUAAAGUUGAUAUCAUCGGCUGAAACGGAGCGCCUCAAAGAACUGGCCCAAAACUCAGGGCCAUUCAUUUACACGCCCCUUCAGCUGAACCGCCCGUUCAAGCAGCCGCCGCCGAAGGUGACCCGGGACUCGGUGAGCAAGGUGGCCUUCUACUGGGCGGAGGGCAACACCGGCAAGGUCACCAUCAGCCUGCACAACUACCUGCCCAUUGAGCUGAACAUCUCCUCGAUCAUGGUCAUGACUGACGGUGUGGCCUUUGAGCCGAACCACGAUACCUCACUCAAAAUAUCCCCCCUCACCUCAUUUACCAACAUCGCCAUGACCGGCAUUCCGCGAGCUUCCGGCACGCUGGACAUUCUCGGCUACAAGAUUCACUCGCUGGGAAUCAAGUCAGACUGCCAACUAAGUCAACUGCCAAAUGCUCGAAAGUUAAAGUUGCCGGCUCGUUUCGCCGUUGAGGUGGUGCCUCGGCUGCCGCUGAUGUGUGCCCAGUGCCUCGCCGACGACCUCACCGGCGAGUUGCGCUCUUCAAAAGCCAUAUCACCCACUGAAGAUGUCUUUACUGACAUGCACAUAUCAAACUCAACCUUCAUUGAACUUUAUACUGGUCAAUGCAAAACAUAUCAAAUGAAACUGUCAAAUAUUAGUCGAAAUGUCGACGAGCAAAUUGAUUUUGUGGAGGUGUGCGUCAUCUUCCCUAAGAAUAUCAACCCUGAACUGCAAAAACUAGUCACUGUUAAGUGGGACAAUGAACAACUGAACAACACUUUGCCGAUUGGCCGCGAGCUGAACACCACCUUUGACAUUACCAUUUCUGUAAAGGGAAACUUUGUCUGCCAUCUGAAGCAAUCGCAACUGGUAGCAAAUAAUAUGGAGGUUAACAGGAACAACAAGCUGACUGCCAGUAAUAUGUCACUGGCGCAGAAAAAGUCGCAAGUGCUCGGCUCAACCAAACUGGCCAACUUUAUCAAUGAGCUGCAGACGAAGAAGUUCAACAGUGAACUGAAUAAUGCUAGCAACAAUGUUUUAGAAGUCGAUAAUGAGACUGAAUUUCCCGAUGAAAUUUUUAAAACUUCUAUUGUUGAAUUUUGUCUUCAAUUCGAUUACAGCGGUGGUCCUGGCCUCAAUUCAGGCUUUUGCCGUCAGACGAGCGUUCACUUUGUUCUCGAAGUGAGCCCACCGGAUGAGUGUUACAUGGUGUUUGACGCUCUGAACGCCACCGAACACGAGCUCACUCUGCUGUACGCACAAAAUAAGGAAAUGCUCAUUGAGUCGCGGGAGAAGUGUCGUAUUCCGGUGCCAAUUAAACGCUGUCCUCUCAACUGCCUCUCCGCACUCGGCGACGACGAUGAGCCCCUCUCACUUCCCUUCUACGGAGGAAACGCCUCAACCCAGUGCCAAAAUACUACUACUAGCAAUAAUAACAACUUUAAUAAUCUCAAUCAUAAUAAGCAGGCGUCUCCUGCGAAGGCUCCAAGCACCGACUUUCUCAGCUACAUUUUCCCCACUGAACAGAAGCUGAAGGCCAUCCUCGCGAGAAUUCGCCUGCACAUCAGCUCACAAAUCAAUCUCCAGUGGCACCUCGCCAUGUCCCCUGAUCUGCCUCUGUCGGAGGGACUGGUCUCCGUUGACCAGGUUCCCUACACCAAUGAAAUGCUCAAGGCGCUGCUCAUUCCGCCCAUAUCAAGUGAAAUUCAAAUCAACGAGCUGAGGCUUCGCAGCUCGCACGGUGAAAUUGCCAUAAAAGUGGCCGAACAGGCGACCAUCCGCACUCGAUUGCACAACACCUCGGAGACGUCGCUGCAGCAGCUGCGACAGUACCUGUUCUGCUACCAGGACUACCAGACGGCUGCCACCACCACCACCAGCAGCACUAUGACCAAGGGGGCACAGUCGCACAGCAGUCACUACCACGGCGGCAUGAACUCCAAGGUGGUCAUCAGUGGCAGCGAUUCGAUAUGCAUCGACCAGCUACCAUCCAGCGAAACGCACGAACACGAGUGUGGACUGGUCUUUCUGUACGCCGGCGUGUACAAGCUCCAGAUCUGCUGUCUGCCGGAGGAGAGCUUUCAGAAGCAAAAGAGCAGCUUUGAAACUCGCAACUGGAUUGAGGCGAGCAGCGCCCAGUCGCUCUUUACCUGUCUGCACACCAUCGAAAUAACGGUCGAGGAAUGA